AAUUAAAUAAUGGGAAACGAUAUUCAAAGGGUACAAUAAUUAGGAGAUAGCAUAAGAUAAUUGCGAGAAGAUAUGGAUGCACUAUCUAAAAUUGCUCCUCAAGUUGAAAAGAUGAUAGCUUUGUCAAGUACUUUAGAGUCAACAACAAAAAAUGUAAUAUCUAUUAAUAAAUAUUAGAUUAAUGAAAACAUGUCUAAAGUAAGUAAAACAGUUUCAGACGUUGAUGAGAAGGUAAAAAAAGCAAAGGAAAUCAUGGAUAAAAUACCAGGAGGAAAUAAAUUACAAUCAUUUUUUUGAGAUUUUA